AUGAAGAACACCUACUGCGAGGACGAGGGACGAGGACUACAAUUUGAAGGCACCCAAAUCGUGGGAACUUCGUCAUAUGUAUACCUCAGACGUUCUAUGAACAUGGAAAACUACUUGAAGGAAGAACUGAAUAGAAGAAUGAGAGCAGCAUGGGCAGCAUUCGCACCCGUCAGGGAAGCUACGGAUCAACUGACGGACCAAGAUCUCAGUGCCCAUCUAUUUGACUCCACAGUUCUUCCAGCGCUCUGUUACGCAGCGGAGACGUGGGCAGGCACCACUACCACGUUCAAGAAACUACUCACUACCCAUGGAAUCCUUGAGAGAUGUCUUCUGAAGUUUAACCGGCGCACACAAUUUAGCCGCGAACGAGCGGAAUAUGUAUCGAGAAGAAAGCAAACAUGA